GCAAAACAGGGAAGCUAAAUCCCCUGGACAAAAAAUGGCGGCAGUGCUGCAGCAGGUGCUUGAACGGACGGAGUUGUCCAGACUUCCAAAGACCGUUCAAAAUAAGUUGGAGAAAUACAUUUCAGACCAGCAAAGUGAGAUUGACAGUCUGAAAGCGCAACACGAACAGUUCCGCGUGGAUAGUGAACAACAGUACUUUGAGGUCGAAAAGCGGUUUGCGGACAGUCAGGAUCGGUUCGUUGCGCAGACGCAAGAACUCAGGAGGCUAAAAGAGGACUUUGCUAAGAACGAAGACGAGCUGAGAUGCGUGCGCGAAAAGAGAAAAGAAUCCGAAGAUUCUCAGACGAAAUUGGAAUCCCAACAGAACCAGCUCCAAAAAGCCAAGGAUGAGCUGGAGGCAGAGAAGAGGGAACUUGUCCGCACCCUGGAGAGGAGGUCUCAGGAGGUGGAACACCAGAGUGAGGAUGUGAAGCGAUUGAGUAACAAGCUGGUGGAGGUGAGCACAUCCAAGCUGGAACUACAGAUGAAGCUGGAUGAGCUAGAGUCCUCUGAAGUCUCUAUUAAGUACAAGGAGAAGCGUAUGGAGCAAGAGAGGGAGCUGCUGCAGAAUCAGUUGGACUGGAUGAACUCUGAGCUGAAGACCAAGAGCGAGGAGCUGAUGAGCCUCUCCCGCCAAAGGGGGAAUGAGGUCCUGGAGCUCAAGUGCAGCGUGGAGAACAAGCAGGAUGAGAUCACCAGACUUCAAGACCAAAUAACCAAUCUGAAAACAUUAAAUGAAAACAACCAGAAGAGAGCUGAAGAUCUGAUCCACAAACUGAAGGAGGUCAAAGAGAUGCAAGGAACAUCAGAGGAGAAAUUCCGUAAUGAGCUGAAUGCAAACAUCAAACUCUCCAACCUUUAUAAGGGCGCUGCUUCAGACUCUGACUCCAAGGGUGAGGAGCUGAGAGGUGCUGUGGAGGAGCUGCAGAAACUCCUCAAAGAGGCAGGAGAGGCUAAUAAAGCUUUUGAGGUGCGUCUGGAGGAGAUGGAUGGAGAGAGGGCAAAGACGGAGGAAAAGCUGAAAGAGAGAAUUGCGGAGCUGGAGAAGGAGUUGGAGAACGCCAACGAGCUCCUUUCCGACGGCAAACGCAGAGGGAGUGCAGGAGCUGCAUCAGUUAUGACCGAGGAGCCGCUGACCACCAUGUCCCCCACUGCUGCAGCCAUCAGCAAAUUCAGACCUGGGAUGAAACUUACUGAGCUGUACAGCGCGUACAUCGAGGCUCAGGAGCAGCUGCAGCUGGAGCGGCUGGACAACCGGCGGGUGAAUAAGUACCUGGAUGACAUCGUGCAGGAGGUGGAGGCCAAGGCGCCCAUCCUCAAGAGGCAGCGUGACGAGCACGAGCGCAUGCAGAAGUCUGUGGCCAGCCUCUCCACCAAGCUGGAGCAGGCCGUCAAGGAAGUGCAUCGUCUGCAGAAGGAGGCUGACGAGGCCAACAAGCGGGCGUCUGUGCUAGAUAGAGACAACAAGCGUUGUGACCAGCAGCUCUCCGACCUCUCACAACAGGUGCGCGUGCUGCUGAUUGAGCUGGAAGAGGCGCGUGGAAACCAUGUGGCGCGGGACGACGAGGCGGACAGCUCUGCUGACGUAAGCAGUACCUCGGAGGUCAUCUCCCAGCACCUGGUGACCUUCCGCAGUGUGGAGGAGCUGCAGCAGCAGAACCAGCGCCUUUUGGUAGCCCUGCGCGACCUUUGCGAGACCCAGGAGCGCGAUGAGAUGGAGACCACCUCCAAGAGGCGCUGUGAGCUGGAAGCCAGCCUGGAGAAGGCCCAGAGUGAGCUGGAGCAGCUGAAGGAGCAGAGGACCAUGCAGAUGCAGCUGGCUGAGUCUAUAGUGCGCCAGAGAGACAUGUACCGCAUGCUUCUGGCACAGGCCACCGGUGUCUCGCUACCUCAGCCAGGAGCUGCGGGCGAUGAGGUGUCUUUGACUUCCACGCCACGCCGCUCUCCAGCGACCACGCCCACCACAGCUACACCCACUGUUAUCACUCUGCCCGAGUCAACAGAAGCGGUGGAGGCCAAAGCUGCUCUCAAACAGCUGCAGGAGGUGUUCGGGGCUUAUAAGAAGGAGCGCGUGGAGAGUGAGCGUGCAGUUGAGAAGACGAAUGAGAGGCUGCAGGAGCAGGUCUCUGACCUGCGCUCACAGAACGCCAAGAUCUCCACCCAGCUGGAGUUCGCCUCCAAACGGUAUGAGAUGCUGCAGGAUAACGUGGAGGGUUACAGGAAGGAGAUCUCCUCAUUGAGGGAGAAAGGGCAGAAGAUGGGAGCCGUCGCCCAGAAACAUGAGCAGGCUGUGAACACCCUCACCCAGGAACUGUGCACCGCCAACGAGAAAAUCAACAUGGCUGAGUCACGCCUGGAGUGUCUGCGCAAGGAGAGAGACCUGCUGAAGCUGACUGAGACGCGGCUGACCCAGGAGAAGGAGUCUACCCUCACCCAGCAGCGAGGACAGAGCCUGCUGCUCACCAACCUGCAGGCCAUCCAGACCACUCUGGAGCGCUCGGAGACGGAGACUCGACAGCACCUGAACAACCAGAUUGAGAAGCAGGAGCGGGAGAUCGUUCAGCUGCAGAAGAGGCUGGAGAAGGAGGUGGAGCAGAGGCACAUGCUCAGCCGCAACCACGACGUGCAGCUGCUGGAGGCCAAGAGGCAGCAGGAGGUGCAGCAGGCUCAGCACCAGCGCACCAGGGAGCAGCUGACGGCCGCCCAGCUGGAGCUCUCCGGCCUCCGCACGCAGCAGAACUCUAGAGAGAGUCUGCCCUCACCCAAGGCCAAGGACUCCGCCACUGGAGUGCCGUCAGGCAUUCAGGUGGAGAUGGAGGAGCUGCGUGGCCGGCUGCGACAGGCUGCGACGGAGCUGGAAGACUUGAAGGAGAGGCUGCAGACGAACGCCGCCAGCAGGGAGCAGUACCGCACCAUGUGCCUGAGCCUGGAGGAGUCUCUAGAGAAGGAGAAGGAGGUGACUGCUCAGGCCCAGGCAUCUGUGGAGGCGCGUCUGAAGGCGGCUGAGGAGGAGCGUAAGCGGCUGGAGGAGAAGCUUCAGGAGGCUGAGCGCGUCAAUAAGAGCAUGAAAGGGGACAAGGACAAGGCCGUCGCUGCCAUCGAACAGCAGUUGAAUGAGCUGAAGAAGACCAUAAACAGUACGAAGACUGAUCUGGAGAAGGCACAGGAAAGGGCAACCACCGCUACUUCUCAGGAACAGCAGGCCAUUCAAGACCGCAAGGAGCAGGCACGUCUGGCGGCGGAGGCGCAGUCGAAGUACGAGCAGGAGGUGCUGCUGCACGCAGCCGACGUGCAGGCCUUGCUGACGACCAAGGCCCAGGCCCAGCAGGCCAACGCUGUCAGGCAUCAGCUGGAGGAGAGCGCCCACAGGGCCAGCGCCCAGCUGCUGGAGGCCCGAGUCUCCUGGGAGGAGCAGGAGCGCAUGCUCAAGGAGGAGGCGUCUAAGGAGGCGUCACGCUCGGAGGACCUGCAGAAGCAGAACUCCCUCCUGCAUGACCAGAUCCAGAGCCUAAGCAGCAAGAUGGCUGCCACGGCCCAGCAGGCCGGCAACCAGAGCACCUUCAACCUCACCCUCAGCGAGGACAAGUCCCAGGAGCAAGUGCUGGAGAUCCUCAAGUUCGUGCGCAAGGAGAAGGAGAUUGCGGAGACACGUUAUGAGAUCGCCCAGGCAGAGAGCCUUCGGCAGCGCCUGCGCGUGCAGCAGCUGGAGCACGAGCUGAAGGAUCUGCAGGAGAGCCUCAACACCGAGAGGGAGAAGAUGCAGGUGACUGCCCGUUCACUGGCGCAGCACGAGGUGCUGAUGAAAAAGACUGAGACCAUGAACGUGCUAGUGGAGAGCAACAAGCUCCUAAGGGAGGAGAAGGACCGACUCCAGAUGGAGCUGGAGCAGGCGCAUAGCAAGGUGAGCAAGCAGGAGCAAUCCAUCAUGCCCAUCCAGGAGUCCAACGCAGAGCUGAGUGAGAAGAGCGGGAUGCUGCAGGCCGAAAAGAAGCUCCUAGAGGAGGACAUCAAACGCUGGAAAGCACGCACACAGCAUCUAUUGAGCCAGCAGAAGGAUGUCGACCCAGAGGAGUACAAGCGUCUGCACACCGAGAGAGAAUCUCACCUCAAACGCAUCCAGCAGCUCAAUGAGGAGAACAGCAAGCUCAAGGCAGAUGCCACCAGGAGCAGUGGCGCGGUGACGUCCCUGCAGUCGCAGCUGACGGCGCUGCGGGAGAACCUGGGCAAGCUGACGGCGGAGCGGGACGGGGCCAAGCGCGACCUGGAGGCCAAGAACCACGACCUGCAGGAGAGGCUGAAGACCAUCACGCAGGUCAAGAAGAUCGGUCGCCGCUACAAGACCCAGUAUGAGGAGCUCAAGGAGGAGCAUGACAAGAUGGUGGCGGCUGCAGCAGCGACCCCAGCUCCCGACCCUGAGGCCCAGCAGGCCUUGACCCAGGAGCUGCAGACAGUCAAAGAGUCUCUCACCCAGAGCCAGGCUCGCAGCACCAAGCUGGAGGCCCAGCUAGAGACCCUCAACAAGACGGCGGGCGAGCGGGAGACCGAGGCACGUACAGCACAGGAAGAGCUGACUCGCCUGAGGCAGGAGGUGCAGGAUAAGACUGCCCAGGAGGAGGCGCUGCGCCACCAGAUGACCGAGAAGGAGGAGCGCACCAAAAAGGCCAUAAUGGGAGCCCGCCAGAAGAUCCGGCAGGUUAUUGGAGAGAAGGAGGCUCUACAGAAGGAGACGGAGGAGCUGCGCCAGCAACGUGAGGAGCUGGAGGUGCGGGUGAGCGCGCUCCGCUCCCAGUAUGAGGGCCGUCUGUCCCGGCAGGAGCGGGAGCUGCGGGAGCUGCGUGACCAGCACGACCGCCACACAGAGCCCAGGGAGGAGCCCGCAGAACCCGGGCCCAGCAAGGUACCGGAGCAGCAGAGGACCACUGAGCAGAGACCCAAAAACCUGAAGCCCACCCAGCAGGCAGCAGAGCGUGGAAGCGCCAGCUCCUCAGAGACCCCCACGGCCAACAUCAAGCCCACCCCUGUGGUGGCCACGCCCAGCAAGCCUGCACCCAGUCAGGGCAACAAGCCCACCCCCCGCGCCAGCAUCCGACCAAUGGUCACCCCCGCGCCCGUGCCCACGCCCACUCCCACCGCCACAGUCAUGCCCACCACCCAGGAGACACAGGAGGCCCACCAUAGCCCGCCUUCACGGAUCCUGAUCCUGACCCUUGGCCCUUCUGCCCCUGCAGCCCAGCCGUCGAGCGAGGGCCCCGUGGAGCACAUGUACGGCAGCACCAGCGGCACGGUGCGUUCCACCAGCCCCAACGUGCAGUCCUCCUCUCUGGGCUCCUCCAUGCUGGCCCCCCAGAGCCAGGCCACUGCCUUCGUCCAGCCCACCCAGACCGUGGCCCCCAGCGAGCCGGCCAAUCCGGAGCCCGCGCCUGCUCCCGUCAUGAUGGAGGCCACACCCAGCUCCCAGGUGGAGAGACCCUCCACCUCCACGGCAGUGUUUGGGACAGUGUCAGCCACACAGGGUUCAUCCAUGAACAAGCGCGUGCGAGAGGAGGAGCAAGAGGGGACGAGCGCAGACACAGAGACCCCAGAGGAGCCCAGCAAGAGAGCCCGCCUUGUCCAGAGAGUGGGGCCUGAGGAGGAGGUGAUGGAGGACAGCACAGAGGCUGAGAGUGUGGUUCCUGGUGAGAGUCAGGAGGCAGAUGUCUCACAGGAGCUGGAAGAGUACCCGGUGCUGGCCGAGGUAGACGACGAGGCGGGAGGCUCCCAGUCGGUCCCCGUAGAGACCUCGCAGGAGGGCGAAGCCCCGCAGCAGAGUGUCAUCGUCAUCGUCAGCGACUCUGAGAGCGAGGCCGAGCAGGAGGGCGAGAGUGAGGAAGAGGUGGAGGAGGAAGAGGAGGAGGAGGAGCAGGACUAUGACGAAGAAGAGGAGGAAGAGGAGGAGGAAGAUGAAGAUGACGGUGGCAUGGGUGAGGAGGGAGAGGAGAGCAACGAGGGAAGUGGCAGCGGAGAGGGCAACGAGGCGUAUGAGGGCGACGAGCAGGAGGGGGCGGAGGUGACCGACCCCGGCACAGAGACGGAGGAGAGUCUGGGAGCAACGGACUCCACCCAGCAACGCCUCGCAGAUUCCCAGACAUUCAGUGUGGAACCAGCUAAUGCUAAUGUGGAAAGUCAUACGGUGGACCCGCCCAGAGAGACACCAAUCAGCUGCUCGACACCUCGUCUUCCACAGUCACCACGGCGACCACCGCAUCCUCUGCCACCGCGCCUGAACAUCCUCCCUCCUCCCGGCCCUGAUCUGGUUCCCCCCUCUCUGGUACAGCGCAUUCCAGUCCGAUUCCAUUCUUCAGGGCGCUCCAUGCCGCUCACUCCAGGAGCCAACAGUGGCACCAUGAUGUCUGAAACUCAAAUGAACUUUGACAAUGAUGACCGCAUCGUCCCCAGCACCCCUAUUCUGGUGGUCCCCAACCGCUCUGACAGUUUCACUGAGCCGCUGCAAUCCCCUCAGGUGGCUACUGUGCCCCGGUUCCGCUUCGGCACGUUAGAAGACAUGAACCAGUCCACAUCGUCGCACUCUGACCUGGGCCAGCUGGCCUCUCAAGGAGGUCUGGGCAUGUAUGAGAGUCCGAUGUUCCUGGCGUCCCAGGAAGAAGAAUCCGGUGGACGCAGUGUCCCCACCACACCUUUACAGGUGGCAGCUCCAGUGACUGUUUUCUCUGAGACUGUUUCUAUCGACACCUUCUCUAUGGAGACCCCAGAGCCAGCCUCCCAGUCUGUUCCCCUGGUAACCACAUCCACACCUAGCCUAGGCGCCCCAGGGUCUGGUGCUGGAGGGGACGACAGAGACGAGGUCCUCAUGGAGCCAGAGAAUGAUGGAAUGAGUGGGGAUGUAGGCCAGGAGCAUGUGUCCCAGACUGAAACAGAGGAACCUGGACAGCCAUCUGAUGAGGCCAGCCUCCCCUCAACCAGUCAGGAGCCUUCCUCUAGCUCCGGAGACACUAGUAGCACUCAGCAACCCAGAGGAGGCAGAGGAGCCUCUGGCAGACAGCUCCAGCGCUGGACACACACGCCUGGCAGUGGCCCCAUGAAGAGAGGCAUGGGAUUCCGAGAUCGCUCCAUGAAGUAAGGCCGUUUCCAGUGCAGCAUCGCUAAUUCAACCUCCAGUAGAAUCUUAGAACUACAGUUCCACGUAACAUCAAUCCUGUGAUGUGUGCUUGUUUUUUUGUUUUGGUGUUUUUAUUUUAUUCCCUUCUAUUGCAGAGGAUUGUUUUUGUGCGCGUGUUUGUCAGCAGCAGUUGUAAUCAAUGAAAAUCUAAAAUAAAGAAUGAUUUUUUACAGAA